UAAUCAGUACUUGGUACGACAGUAUGUCAAACAAAGAUAGAAAUCACACGACUACAAUGGGAAACAUUAUGCUACACUUCUCUGCUCGAAAAAAUUACGCAAAGAUUUUACACAUGAAUUAUACGCAUACAGGACUUGAUUCUAUAUAUUUUAUACGUCUCGUUAAUAUGGUCUUUGUGGUUUAUCUACAUAAUGUAGUAAUACGAUAUAUAUAUAAUCCCACUGUUAAUACAGUUGAUAUAGAAAAGUUAUACCAAAUACCUUUUGUUACAAUAAUAGUGAACGUUAUCAGUACAAUGACUAUAUUCUUCGCCAUAGGUGGUAUUUUACAUUCAACUAAGUUAUUAAAAGAUUUGGAGCGAUAUAAUCAACUUAAGUUCUUUAAAAAUAUAGUAUCCAGAUACUUAAGAUUGACGCCUUUAUAUGUCAUAUCAAUUGGUGUUUGCAUUUGGAUUCUUCCGCUAUGUGGUUCUGGGCCAUAUUGGUAUCUUGUGGUUGAACAGUUUGCGUAUUGUAGCAAAAAUUGGUGGAAAAAUCUCUUAUACGUUAAUAAUUACUUGACGCCUUCGGAACUAUGUGUUCCGCACGGUUGGUAUUUAGCGGCUGACUUUCAGCUUUUCGUUUGCAGCCAAUUUGUGAUAUAC